CUAAGUGUUGUGGAAUCUCGCCAGGGGGAUGGAUGGUCGGCAGCAGCAGGCUCCAGCGCGACGCUGAGUUGUUUACUCGUCAUUCCAUCGAUCCAUGGCCACGAUGCCUGGUUUGCCGACUGACUCGCAUCGUCGCAGCUGUCUCAAACGCAAGCGAUCCCUUGAGCUGUCCACAAAACAAGUCCAAUUCUCGGUCGCGACGGUGUUUACGUUUCGAGUGGGGAUCGGCGGCGGAUCCGUGCCAAGCGAUAGCAUCCCAGGCGUGAGUUUGGCUGGUCAACCGAUUGAAGUUGUCACCAAAAGCGUCCGCAGCGACGGCCCGGGUCGAGUCAUGAUGUAUUCUCGUAGCGAUCGGCUCAAUAUCCUCCAACGAUCCGGCGUCAACUCAAAACAACUUGCCCAUGAGUUCGUCGAACUGCAGCAUAUUCAGGUGUCGCGAAUGACCCACGCCCGAGAGCACGUGGAACUCAAGCGGCGGAAGGUCCAGAUGGCCCAAGAAUCACGCACGCAAAUGCAAUUGCAGCGUUUGCUGAGUUAGUCCACAGCGCGAUCUCCCAACGCACGUGAAUGCAAAUGUGCCCG